AUGGCGCGGAAAGCUGGCAAGAAGAAAGGCGGAAGCAAACCCAAACCCAAAACCAAAACAAAAACCCCACCUUCCUCUACCUUGCCCACCUCGAUUCCCCCGCCACAGCCACAGGAGCCGAAGGCGGCGCCCGAGGCGAUCGACGUCCUCAACGGGUCCGUCCUCCGCAACGUCCUCCGCCGCCUCCCCCUCGUCGACCUCCUCCGCGCCGCCCUCGCCUGCCACCGCUGGCGCCGCGUCGCCGCCUGCUGCCUGCCCCGCGCGCCGCCCCUCCUCGGCUACUUCUUCCACCCCGUCAAACCCCCUCCCCACCCGCCCACCAAGGCCACCGAGCGAGCCCACCACGACGCCGUGUUCGCCCCCCUCGGCGCCUCCUCCCCGCUCCGCUGCCUCAACUUCGCCCCGGACGCCUCCCGCUACAAGCUCUACGACUGCCACCAGGGCCUCCUCCUCCUCGAACCCACCGUACCACCCCCCAAAGGCACCCUCCCGCGCCUCCUCGUCGCCGACCCGGCCACGCGCCGCCACGCGCUGCUCCCGCCGCCGCCGCGCCGCGCGGUGCCCGACGACCGCCGCUGGCGCCCCUCCAGGCACUACGUCGGCUCCGCGCUCCUCUCCCGCGCGCACCCCAGCAGGCUCCGCUUCGAGGCCGUCUGCUUCGCCGUCGAGGACGACGGGCGCCCGCGCGCCUGGGUCGCGUCCGUCGACGACGGCGGCCAGUGCCGCUGGCGCGCGCUCCCGCGGGACGCGGCCGUCCAGGUCGACUUCGACCCCAAGCUGAUCAAGGGCCGCUGCGUGCACGCCGCCGGGAGCCUCUACUGGCACAUCUGCAACUCCGGCCGCGUGCUGGCGCUGGACCCCGCCACGCUGCGCUUCUCCUACCUGCUCGCGCCGGCCGUGCUGGGGGACCGUUUCGGCAAGUACCGCGUCGGGGAGACGCCUGACGACGGGCGGCUCUGCAUUGCGACCGUGGAGAACCAGGUGAUGCAGCUCUGGGUGCGCGGCGAGACCAGUUCCAGCGACAACGGGUGGCGUCUGGAGAAGGAGAUGGAUCUUCACAAGGUGUACGACACGGUGCCGGGCCUGCCCAGGGACGCGAGGGCCAGGAUGGCAAGCAUCUGGAUCACUGACAUCGACGCCGGGCGCACGGGGAAGAUAUUCAUACAGAUGUCGGGCUACGGGCGCUACUCCUUCGAUCUCAAGACUCGCAAGCUGGAGCGCCUGCUGAUGAAAGGUGGCAUGGAGUACGGCGACCCCAUCUACCCCUAUUUGCUGGCUUGGCCGCCUGCGUUCCUUGCUCAGGCGUAA